GCCUGGGCGAUCUUCUCCCGCGCCGCUCCCACGUGUCUGCCGAGGUCCGGCCAUUUGCGUGCCGCCGUUUCGCCCGCCGCGCGCGAGUUACGUAUGUGCUCUGUCCCCGGGGCAAAACCGUUUCUCUCGGGGCACCAGGGGCAUUCCUGCGAGAGGAUCCGUUCCGGGGACCGGGGCACACACUUGUUGCAGAGGCAGGCCUGAUGAAGAGAGAGGGGCCCCUUUCAAGGGGGUACAGCCGCCACCACCCCCAACGAGGUGGCUUGCAUCUUCAAGGAUCCGUAAUUAAAUGGGCGUACUGCCACCGGCGUCAUUUGUCCUAGGCUCGUGGUCGUCGCGACCUUGAGACUGACAGUCAGAGCGCGUCCCGCUCGGCGGCUCGUUUAAAAAGCCACCGGCCGGCAUGGGUGAGACCACUGCCGUCUCGCACACCGACUCAGUUCGAGUCUCGAGAUUCCCUGCAGAGGCUAUAACACGAUGAACAGGCUGGUGGUAGCUCUUUUCGCCGCGGUGGCAUUGGUCGUCCUCGACCAGGCCAGCGCGGGCUACCUGCUCGGUGGCACCGGGGGCUACGGAGGCCUCGGCGGAUACGGCGGAUCUGGCGGCUACCGCGGCUACGGAGGUGGUAGCUACGGAGGAGGUGGCUACGGCGGUGGCUACGGUGGCGGCCUCGGCGGCUACGGCGGUGGCUACAGGGGAGGUUACGGUAGUGGUGGCUACGGUGGCGGUCUCGGAGGCUAUGGUGGUGGUCUUGGAGGCUAUGGCGGCGGUCUCGGAGGCUAUGGCGGUGGUCUUGGAGGCUAUGGUAGUGGCGGUUAUGGAGGCUAUGGCAGGAGCUACGGAAGCAGCUACUCCGGCGGCUAUGGAAGCAGUUACGGCAGCAGCUACGGAUCUGGCUUCGGCCGCGGUGGCUUCGGCGGUGGCAAGUUCGGAGGUGGCAAGUUCGGAGGUGGCAAGUUCGGCGGAGGCGGAUGGUGGUGAAGCAAGCACACUGCCUAAGUGAACGUGGAAGAAUUGGAAGCUUCAACGGUGUGAACGACAUGAGUGAAUUGGACUGUGCGAGUGGUUGGGCCAAUAAAUGUAACUGUUCCUACU